UUUUGAAAUUUUUAUUCUGUGGUGCUGCUCCGUUAAAUGAAGAGUUAAGUAAUAUAUUCGGCAACAAAUUUGGUACACCUCUUAAGCAAGGUAAUGGACUUACUGAAACUACACCAAUCAUUACAAUGGAUAGGACCGAUGAUAUCACAAUUGCAAAUGCGGAAGCAAAAAUUAUUGAUGAAAGUGGAAAAGUUGAACUAUGUGUUCGUGGUCCAAACAUUAUGAAGGCCACUAAAGAAUGUAUUGGUAAAGAUGGAUUUUUCCAUACCGGAGACGUUGCUUUUAUUAAUGAAAAUGUUGCACCUGCAGAAAUUGAAUCAGUCCUACUUACUAAUCCCAUCAUUUUCGAUGCAGCUGUAGUUGAUCAUGUAGCUGGAAAGGUUGCUCAUCAUAAAAAAUUACGUGGCGGUGUCUACAUUAUUGAUAAGAUACCUAAAAGUCCUUCUGGGAAAAUUUUGAGAAAAAUUUUGAGAAAACGAAUUAAGAGUGAAUGGAAGUUAGAUACUUGA